GUCAGCAAAGCAAGACCGACAAAAUUCGAAGAGAAACCAUAAAAAGGAUUACCAUGGUUGCCAUUACUGAGUUUCAGAAGAUAGGAAUUGGUCUAGUGGGAUUUGGUUUAUUUUUUCUGCUCUUUGGUGUCUUGCUGUACUUUGAUUCUGUCCUGCUGGCCUUUGGGAAUAUUUUGUUUUUGACAGGUUUAACAUUCAUCAUUGGGUUCACAAGGACAUCUCACUUCUUUUUCCAAAAACAUAAGUUCCGAGGCUCGUUUUUCUUUCUUGGAGGUGUGUCCCUGGUGCUGUGCCGUUGGCCAGUUAUUGGUAUGCUUGUGGAGGGUUAUGGCUUCAUCGUAUUAUUCAGGUCUUUCUUUCCAAUGGCCCUGGGAUUUGGGCUGUCAGUGGUAAACAUCCCUUUCCUUAAUGCUUUUUUGCAGAGUGGCUCCAGUAUGGUCUGAGAGCACAUUUCAGCAGAGUGGACCGUUCAAUAAGUCUGACAGUUGAUCAAAUACUGGAAAGACUAUCACUUUCACCACUUAUAUAAAGCAAAUAUAUCAGAGGAAAACAUUGUAGAGCGGUGUACUUUCUAUUUUUUUUCCUUAUUUAAAACUCAAGUCACUACAUUUCACCCCACACAUUAGAAAUUAUUAUUUCAUCGUAAGAAUUGAGCAACAGCAAAAUAUAUUAUGUUUACAAUUCACUGUUAGAAUAAGUUAAUGUACAUAGAUUUGCAUAGUACAUUUGGACAGAUUUGCCUUUUUUUACGUUUUACAUUCAUUUUAUCUUAGGACAUUAAAUUUAACAUCUUUUGGGGCCAAAAUAAUAAAUUGGAUCUUUGUGGGAUGAAUUAUUUUUGUAUUCAACAAAUUUAAAUAAAUUCCAG